UUCCACGACGCAAAAGACACCUGUUAGUAGAUAUUAGUGGAACUGAUAACAGCGUCACUUCAGUUUCCUUCCGGAACGGUUUACUGUUACACACGCACCGGGAUCAGCUGUGAUCAACUGCCUGUUUUCUACGCGAUUAAACCUUUAAUCUGGGUGGAAGAUGCCUAAGAAAAAGACUGGCGCUCGUAAGAAGGCAGAGAACCGAAAGGAGCGAGAGAAACAGAUUCGAGCCAAUAAAGACGUUGUUGAUGUGGCCAAACACCCAUGCAAUGCAUCCAUGGAAUGUGAUAAGUGUCAAAGGCGACAAAAGAACAGGGCGUUCUGCUAUUUCUGCGCUUCAGUGCAGAAACUUCCCAUGUGUGCACAGUGUGGCAAAACUAAAUGUAUGAAGGCUUCAGACUGUGUCAUAAAACAUCCUGGUGUUCACAGCACUGGAAUGGGCAUGGUGGGAGCCAUAUGUGACUUCUGUGAGGCCUGGGUUUGUCAUGGAAGGAAGUGCUUGAGCACACAUGCAUGCUCCUGCCCUCUUUCUGACGCAGACUGCAUCGAGUGUGACCGCAGCGUUUGGGAACAUGGUGGACGCAUUUUCCGCUGCUCUUUUUGUGACAACUUCCUGUGCGAGGAUGAUCAGUUCGAACACCAGGCGAGCUGUCAGGUUCUGGAAGCAGAGACGUAUAAAUGUUUAUCUUGCAAUCGUCUCGGUCAGCAUUCUUGUCUCCGAUGCAAGGCAUGUUUCUGUGAUGAUCAUGCUCGAAGCAAAGUGUUCAAGCAGGAGAAAGGCAAGGCUCCCCCGUGCCCUAAGUGUGGACAUGAAACUCAGGAGACCAAGGAUCUCAGCAUGUCCACCCGAACACACAAAUUUGGCCGGCAGAGUGGUGCUGAUGAAGAUGAUUAUGGUGCGUCUGGAUACAGCUCCUACUGGAAAAAUCUGGAAUCUGGAGGAGGCUACAAAGACGAGGAGGAAGACGACCUUGAUGAUGAUUAUGAUGAAGAGGAUGAGGAUGAAGAUGAUGAUGAUGACGACGAUGAGGAGGAGGAGGAAGAUGACCCAAAGGUGGAGGACUCUCUCUCCAAUCUGAGUUUGGGAGCAAGUGGAAAGACCCAAUAAAAAUGCAGUUUGGAGAUAGGAUUCAGAUAUUAUAGGUGUCACCUGAAAACGUGUCAGAUAUUUGGCCUUUUACCAAAGGUUUCCAGCAUUGCAUUGAUAUGAAUGUGUGCAUAAAUGUCUGCCUUUUUGAAGUUUAAAUAUAUCUGAAGAAAUGCUUUUAAAA